AUGGUUUUAAAUCAAGAUACUCAGGACGAAAUUGAUGCUAUAGAAGCCAUAUAUCCCGAGUUAAUAAAAGAAUUACCCGGUGAUAGACUUGAUAUCAAAGUUCCGCAGCAUGAAGAAUUCACAGUUCAAAUAUCAUUCCCGUCUACUUAUCCAGAUAACGAAGGUCCACAUAUAGUAGAAGUUGUUGUAGAUAAGGAACAUGAAAAAUAUUAUGAUUUAAAGUAUUUAAAAUAUUUAUUUGGUGAUGUAAUGGAUUCUGUUUUUCAAAAAGGCCAAGUUUGUGUUUAUGAUUUUUUAACCGAGUUGGAUGGGGUUUUAUAUAUCGAAGAAGACCAGGAAGAGGAUAAUGAACUUGACCAAGAUUUAAGUGCCAGAUUAGCGGAGUUGACUUCAAACCCAUUGGAUGGUUGGUCAAUUAGUGAGCCUGUGUUUGAUAGGGGAUCUACAUUUGUUGGAUUCGCCUGCCAUGUUAAAAAUGAAGAAGAAGCUUUCCACAAAUUAGCAUUAUUGAAAACUGACAACAAAUUAAAAAGAGCCAAUCAUAUAAUGAUAGCCUAUAGGAUUAAAGGAGACGAUAAUGGUGUUGUAUUUUCCGAUUGUGAUGAUGACGGCGAAGCUGCAGCCGGUGGGAGAAUGUUGCAUUUAAUAACACUGAUGGACGCUUGGAAUGUUAUAGUAGCGGUUGCAAGAUGGUUUAACGGUACACAUAUCGGACCUGAUAGAUUUAAACAUAUAAAUUCAACAGCAAGAGAAGCUGUUAUAAAGGGUGGGUUUGUAAGUUGCGAUAAGAUAGGUGCACAUCAUUCUAAGAAGAAAAAGUAG